GAUCGUUUCGGAGCUUUACGAACCUUGCAUAUAGCACUUCGAGCGUUUGAUUUCGCUCGUAAGGUUCAUGCUAUUGAAGUUCAUUCAAAUUUAAAUAGGUUCGGUCUCUGGUUUUCUAUGCCAGAGAUCGAACAGCUCGACGGUGAUGCAGAGCCGGAAAUCGGCGCCGGCGAAUUAUCACCACAUAAUGCGUUGUUUGGCAAAUAUGAGCUUGGAAAGCUUCUCGGUUGUGGAGCCUUUGGUAAGGUCUACCAUGCCAGAAACAUUCGAACAGGACAAAGCGUCGCCAUUAAAGCGAUCAGUAAGCACAAGGUUAUUAAGGGAGGUCUGGUCCCUCACAUCAAGCGUGAGAUCUCUAUCAUGCGCCGUAUGCGACAUCCGAGAAUCGUGAAGCUCUUCGAAGUUCUCGCCUCCAAAACUAAGAUUUAUUUCGUACUGGAAUUCAUCAAGGGCGGUGAGCUUUUCUCUAAGAUCGCUAAAUGCCGCCUCAACGAGGAUCUUAGCCGUCGGUACUUUCAGCAAUUGAUCUCCGCCGUUGGAUACUGCCAUUCCCAUGGUGUCUUCCACAGAGAUCUCAAACCAGAGAAUCUCCUCGUCGAUGAGAACGGAGAUCUCAAGGUUUCCGAUUUCGGACUCAGCGCCGUAACCGAUCAGAUCAGAGACGACGGCCUUCUACACACCCUUUGUGGCACACCGGCUUAUGUGGCACCAGAAAUUCUUGCGAAGAAAGGUUACGAUGGAGCUAAGGUGGAUAUCUGGUCAUGCGGUAUUAUUCUCUAUGUCUUGAACGCUGGUUAUCUCCCCUUCAACGAUCCAAACCUCAUGAAAAUGUACAAGAAGAUCUACAGAGGAGAAUUUCGGUGUCCGAGAUGGUUUUCGUCGGAGCUCCGACGAUUGUUGUCUCGGCUCCUUGAUACGAAUCCGGAGACUCGAAUCACUGUCGAUGAAAUCAUCCGCGAUCAUUGGUUUAAAAAGGGAGGGCUUAAACAGCUGAAAUUUCACGAAGAAGAAGACGAUUUCUUCGCUCUAAAAGCUGAUAAAGACGAACAGAGCAACCAAUUCUUGAACGCCUUCGACAUAAUCUCCUUCUCUUCGGGCUUCGAUUUGUCGGGUCUAUUUAAUGAAUCCGAUAACCCAAUCGAUGGGGAGAGAUUCGUAUCAGCAGAGUCACCGGAGAGAAUAAUCGAGAAACUAGAGGAAGUUGGGAAACGAGAAGGGAUAUCGGUGAAGAGGAAGAAAGAGUGGCUAAUCGGAAUGGAAGGGCAAAACGGUAAUUUGAUGGUCAGAAUCGAGGUGUACCGGUUGACCGAUACUCUGGUGGUGGUGGACGUGAAGAAGAAGGGCGGUGAUGUAGAAUCUAGCGAAGGGGUCUGGAGUACAAAGAUUCGGCCGGAGCUGUGCGCCCUGGUUUACCGACCGGAAACACCAGUUCCCGGUGACACUGCUUCUACAGCAUAACAAUGUCCGGUGAGAC